AUCGAGCUAUAACAUUUGAUCUAACGUAGAUUGAAAAUCGAUCGAUGCUCAAUUGCUUACUUUCUUCUUCUUCCUUGUUUUAGUAAUGCCGAGACGCUCAAAAGCAUGAUCAAGACCUCAACAAUGGCGGACGGGUUAGAAGAUAAAGCUAAAAGGAUGAAUGAAGAAGCAGUUCAAGAUCCAGAAGUGGUUACUUCCAUGGUUGACAUGGUAAUUAAGAAUAGCACCGAAAGGAGGAAUCUUGGAUUCUUCUCAUGUGGAACAGGGAAUCCAAUCGACGAUUGCUGGAGAUGUGAUCCCAAUUGGCGUCGAAAUCGCAAGCGUCUAGCCAACUGUGCGAUUGGGUUCGGUCGUAACUCCGUCGGUGGACGUGAUGGCAAGUACUAUGUCGUCACGGACUCAAAAGAUGAUGACCCUGUUAAUCCUAAACCGGGAACUCUUCGAUAUGCUGUUAUCCAAGAGAGGCCUUUAUGGAUCGUAUUUAAACGGGACAUGAUGAUCACUCUUAAGCAAGAACUGAUAAUGAAUAGUUUCAAGACGAUUGAUGGUAGGGGAGCGAAUGUACAUAUUGCAUAUGGAGGUUGUAUAACUAUUCAAUAUGUUACGAAUGUUAUCAUUCAUGGUCUUAAUAUUCAUGAUUGUAAGCCGACGGGUAAUGCUAUGGUUCGAAGUUCGCCUAGUCAUUAUGGAUGGAGAACGAUUGCGGAUGGAGAUGGGGUUUCGAUAUUUGGGUCGAGUCAUAUUUGGGUUGAUCAUAAUUCUCUAUCGAAUUGUGCUGAUGGACUUGUGGAUGCUAUUAUGGGUUCUACUGCUAUUACCAUUUCCAACAAUUACUUCACCCACCACAAUGAGGUGAUUCUACUGGGUCAUAGCGACUCGUACACGAGGGACAAGAUUAUGCAGGUGACAAUUGCCUACAACCAUUUUGGAGAAGGACUAAUUCAAAGAAUGCCAAGGUGUAGACAUGGGUAUUUCCAUGUAGUGAACAAUGACUACACUCAUUGGGAAAUGUAUGCCAUAGGAGGUAGCGCAGAUCCAACAAUCAACAGCCAAGGGAACCGAUAUCUCGCCCCUGUCAAUCCUUUCGCUAAAGAGGUGACAAAGAGAGUUGAGCCACAAGAAGGUGGAUGGAAGAAAUGGAACUGGAGAUCAGAAGGAGAUCUUUUGCUGAAUGGGGCUUUUUUCACCCCAUCAGGAGUGGGUGCUGCAGCCAGCUAUGCCAGAGCCUCUAGUUUGGGAGCCAAGUCUUCAUCUUUGGUAGCCAGUCUUACCUCCGGUGCUGGUGCUCUUACAUGUCGCACAGGCUCACAAUGUUAAUUAAGGACAAAAAACAGACAAACAACUUCAUUAAUUAUUAUUGUUUUUCUUCUUAUUCUUCAAUGCUUAUGUUAAUUCAAGUGUAUAUUUUCUACAUGUCAAGCCAUGCAUAAAGACCCAUGUUUUGAAAUUGUUCAACUCCAUCCUGGCCUGACUUGUUAAUAUCAUUAGAGGUGCAGAAGCUACCUUUCAUUGUUA